AUGGGACAAGGUGCCUCCAAAACCGCGAGUAAUACAGCCAAAAACGUUGCGAAGAAGGUGACAGAGAGCCGUCCUCCAAUUGCAGCGCACCAGGUUCAAGCCCCUCCACCACCCAAAACAACCGAGUUUGGUACAGCAAUAACUCCUCAGAAUCCGGGUGGUUUCAUGCGGGGUGAUGGGGUGGGCUCACAGGAUGUUCGAGAUGUUGGGCAAGAAAUGUACUUGAGAGACAAGCAAAAAGGAGCCCCCCAAGAAAUGCCAGAGGAUUUGCUCAAAUUCAUUACAGACGUUGGUCCGGCAAAACAGGAGGUAGAUAAGGACAACACAUCAAAGCGGCUAUUGGAAAAAGAGAAUGCAGGAGAACUAGAAAAGAUAGAAUCACAACGAACAGCUCCAAGACAAAGAAUAGACAUGCCACUCAUGGGAGAAGAUCACGAUUAUUCUGUCUCCAGAAAUACCAAUUUCACUAGCAGGGUGGAGGAUACAAAGCCAGAGUUUGGCAUGUCCAAUUUGCAGUUCUAUGCGAUGGUGCGAGAACACGAGAAGGAUGUCGACAGUGGAGUGGUAGAAGUAUUUUAUGAAAAGAUCACUGAAGGCAUCGACACGUGGGAUGAGAAAGAACAAGAAGCGCACAAGAAAAAGAUGUCAGAUGCUCUCAAGUACGUUUGCAUACCCGUUCUUCGAGUUGAUACAGACGGAAACAUUCUAGGGUUGCACCCCGACCGAGUUCCUGGUCCACAAGCAAAAUCGUUGCAGCCGAUCUCCCCAUCAAAGGCAAAGCUCGUGCUGGAGGAUAUACUGGAAAGCCCACCAACAACGAUCGAACGCAAUCGACCACCUCUUGAAUAA